AUGCGUCUAGACUUGUUUCUUACUUCCGUGCAUAAUGCGUUCCGUCGAUGUUCUGCUUGGCUCGGAAUGUUGAUGGCUGUUGUCAGAUAUCUUGUCAUUACUGAUAUCACCAGUAAAAACAACAAAUUUUCCAGUCCCAGAUACGGGGUGAAAGUUAUUUUAACUGCAUUUUUUAUCAGUUUCUUGUUCACUUUACUCUUCUAUCUACACAUUGAUAUUGUUCAAAUCGACACGUGGCAUACACCACUGGACUGCCAAAAACAGGAAGAGGAUGAGAGUUUCCCAAUUUACAGUCAACAAUUCAAUGAAUUUUUUGAAAGUAACAACGCUUUUUUGUCAAGAUCAAGACUCAUAUUGGAAGGAAUAUUUGCAAAGUUGAUACCAUGCUUCACACUACCAAUUCUCACUGGUCUACUUAUUCAUGGAAUGAGAAAAUCACUCACAAUUUCUUCAUCAACUGUUGAAAUCUCAUUCGCUAAUAAAAACGUGAGGAAAUCUAGAAAAGACCGAACCACAUUUCUUACUAUUUUUGUGGCUGCAUCCUUUUUCAUAUCAGAAUUUCCGUUGGGAAUAGUUGAUAUGUACAAGGGAAUCUGGAGAGGAGAUAUGAAUUAUGAAACAUUUUCUCAGAAUGUUGUCCUUCUUUGCGAUGCUCUGUUUACUAUCAAUGCCUCAAUACACUGCUUGAUAUUUUUUGCAAUGUCUUAUCAGUAUCGAAGAACUGUCAAAAAUCUAAUCAAUUGUUUAAAUUGUUUCAAGAUAAAGAAGCAGGCCCGAGUUAAUACGAUUCUGAGCAGUUUUUGA